GGGGAGGGAGUGGCGGCAGGCUUCCUCUGGAAAGUCGCUGCCACCGUUUCUCCCCCUGAGUCACCCGUGUUUGGUCACAUCUUCUUCUUCUUCGUCGUCGUCGUCGUCGUCGUCGUCGUCGACUUCUCUCUUCGCAUUCUUGUGUGCUCAUCUGCCGCUGACGUUCGGGGCAUCUGCAGCCAUGUUGGCGACUGUCGCGCCCCACGCAGCGCCCCUCGCUAGCUGCACCACUGGACGCCGCCUGCCGCGUUGCACCGCCGUGCGCGUUCAUGCCAAAAUUAAAGAGCAGCAGUAUGUCAGCCCGUCAUCCCGCACCAGCUCUACUGAGUUGGAACGUCUGGAGGCACUCUCAUCGGUGGUGCCCGAUGUGCUGCUGAGCCAGAGCCUGCAGCAGGUGGAGGAGCCCAAAGCGGCCACCACGUCCCGAUCGGUGCUGGCCGGCAUCAUGGGCAACCCCGUCAGCAUGCGCCGCUACAAGUUUGCGGUGGAACAAGCACGUUUCUAUGACAAGUGCAACUUGGAGGCAGGCGGCGACAAGACGAGCUGCCAGGUCGACAAGGCACUUGUCAAUGUGGGCAGCAUGUUCCUCGAGACGGUGACCGGGCGUGUGAGCACAGAGGUGGACCCACGUAUCGCCUUUGACGCUGACAAGCUGCUCGCGCGGGGGCGGCAGCUUGUGGAUAUGUACAAGGAGGUUGGUGUCGACCAGGACCGCGUGCUGCUGCGUAUGCCCGCCACCUGGGCCGCCAUCCAGGCGUGCAAGCAGCUGGAGGCUGAGGGCAUCGCGUGCCACCUGGUGCUGGUCUACAGCUUUGUGCAAGGUGCGGCAGCCGCGCAGAACGGCAUUAGCGUGGUGCAGCCCAAUGUGGGCCGACUGCACGACUGGUACAACCGCCACCCCGGCGUGAUCCGGGAUCCCAACGCGCCGCGUGAGAUGUCUGCCAUGGCCAAGGCGGGCUACGGCGCCAACGAGAUCAACCCUGGCCUGCUGCUGGUGGAGAAGAUCUACAACUACAUCCAGAAGUACCAUGGCGGCCGUACGAAGGUAAUGGCCUCCGGGUUGCGCACCAAGGCCGAGGCGCUGGCACUGGCGGGAUGCGACUUCCUGGUGGUGGGCCCCAAGGUGCUCAACACGCUGGCCUCUUCCGCCACGCUGGAUGGCUACAACACGGGGCUGUCAGCGGCAGAGGACGUGCCCGGCAGCGUGGAGCCACGGCUGAGCGCGGAGCUGGCGCAACGCGCCGAGUUCCUGCCGCUGGAGCUGGACACGGUGGAUGAGGGCCGCUUCAACGAGUACCUUGGCAUGGCAGGGCGCGACCUGCUGCAAGAGGGCAUCCAGCGCCUGGUGGAGGACGCCAACAGGCUGGAGCCCUACUUCCUUAACCUGGCGGGGGGCCAAGAGUGAUCAUGCAGAGUUGCAGCCAGCCAUGUGCUGCAUUGAGGCUGCUGUCUUUUGCCUUCCUCCUUGGUUGGCGACCACCAGGUUUACGCACCGUUUGCUUUUAGACCAUAGCAAAGAUUCCCUCUGUCUUCGUUGCGCCUUUGUUUCCUUGCACCUUGUUAAAUGUUUACAUAGGCCAAAA